UUGAUUUCGAGUAUUAGAAGUGACAAGAUGUUUAGAAGUGCGUUAGUGAUUUGCUUUUGCCUUUUAAGCUUAUCCCAAGCUGCUGUUUAUUCCGAGCGCUAUUUUAAGGACCCAGCGUAUCCCGGAAAAUGUGUUAUUAAAGAUAAAGUAGUAUCUCCUGGUCAAAGUAUUAAACACCCCGUUAUGGCUUGUGCGCAAUUCACCUGUGAUAAUGCACAAGGCUUGGCGACGAUCGAAACCUGCGACCCCGCCAGUGCUUUGCCUUCGCCACUUUCUAUGAUUAAAUAUGAUCCUCGGGAUAAGCCGACAUGUUCUUGGGGUGAUUUCAUUAAUACGAGCGCACCAUAUCCGGAAUGCUGCAAACGGCAUUUCUCUUGUGUACUUUGAAAUAGUAAAUGUACAGAAAAUGCUAUUUAUAUAUUAAGUGGUCAAAAAAUAAAAUUAAAUCUAUAAAAA